UUGUCAAUGCAACUAUUUUUUUUCUCUACCUUAGUGUUAACGAAGUCAAAACCUUCAUCAUCAUUAUGAACGUUAAAUGUGACAAUUUCCUGUCACUUAGCCACGCUGAAUUCACCUUCUGUGAUUUUACCGUAUAAAAAGGUAGUGUGAAUUGGUGGCUUGCAUUGUUUGGUGUUGAACGUCCUACAGAAUGCAUCGUUUUGUUGUGUUAGUAGCAUUUGGAGUUGCCUCGGUGUUGACCAUCAAAGAAGAGUGUUUUAAGCUUGCAAAUCCGGUCACAAUGAGUUGUUGCAAAGCACCACCGCCACGACCGUCAAAAGAUGAAUCAAUUAAGGAAUGUUUUGAAAAAUUUGGGAAGACACGUAAACCAACUGCAGAAACAGCUUGCGAACUCGAAUUAUGUAUAGGCAAGAAACAAGGCUAUAUUGCUGAUGAUGGGACAAUUAACAAGAAGGCUUUAGAAGCAGACGUUGCUGAGAAAUUCAAACAAAGUCCUGACCUAGUUGAGAACAUCACAAAGCAUUGCAUCAACGCUGAUGUAGACGAAUAUGGUUCUGAAGACUUCUGCGAACUGAUGAAAACUUCUCAUUGUAUACAUGUGCAAAUUGCUAUGGCAUGCCCUGAAUAUGACGACAGAGGACAUUGUAGUGAAAUCAAAAGUCUAGCAGAAAAAUGUUCGGCUGAAUAAAAAAUUACCGAAAGUUGAAUCAACGAUACCUUUAGGAAAUUUUGAAAAAUAUAUACAUACGUUUU